AACCCCGCCCCUGGCCAGAAUUUCUGCUCCUGCCUCCAGUUUCCCCGGAGCCCCACAGCCCUCGGGUACAGCGUCCUCUCCUCCCCACCGAGGGGUCCGCAGGGCUCCGAUGGACAGACGCCGAAUGAACUGGAAUAUCUGGAGCAGCGGAGACGCAGGGCGUGGUGGAUAAGCGCCAGCGGACUCGCACACCCGCCUCCCAGGGCCGGCUACGUGGCUGAAGGGACAGCAGGACCUGGCGCGGGCGCAGGGAGCCUUUUCCUGGCCCGAGUGCGCCCCCUGGGGGCCGGAGCCUCCCAGCAGUUGGGCCACGUGGUCCUCUCCCCAGUCUGGUUCCUGUAUAGCCUGUUCAUGAAGCUAUUCCAGCGCUCUACCCCAGCCAUCACCCUCGAGAACCCGGACAUCAAGUACCCGCUGCGGCUGAUUGACAAGGAGGUCAUCAGCCAUGAUACCCGCCGGUUCCGCUUUGCUCUGCCGUCACCCCAGCACAUCCUGGGCCUCCCCGUCGGCCAGCACAUCUACCUCUCGGCUCGAAUCGACGGGAACCUAGUCAUUCGGCCCUACACGCCCGUCUCCAGCGAUGACGACAAGGGCUUCGUGGACCUGGUCAUCAAGGUUUACUUCAAAGACACCCACCCCAAGUUUCCCGCUGGAGGGAAGAUGUCCCAGUACCUGGAAAGCAUGAAGAUUGGAGACACCAUUGAGUUCCGAGGCCCAAAUGGGCUGCUGGUCUACCAGGGCAAAGGAACGUUUGCCAUCCGUCCGGACAAGAAAUCCAGCCCUGUCAUCACAAUGGUGAAGUCUGUGGGCAUGAUUGCAGGAGGAACGGGAAUCACCCCAAUGCUGCAGGUGAUCCGUGCGAUCAUGAAGGACCCGGAUGAUCCGACCGUGUGCCAUCUGCUCUUUGCCAACCAGACUGAGAAGGACAUCCUGCUGCGGCCCGAGCUGGAGGAACUGAGGAACGAACAUUCUGCGCGCUUCAAGCUCUGGUACACAGUGGACAAAGCCCCUGAAGCCUGGGACUACAGCCAGGGCUUCGUGAACGAGGAGAUGAUCCGGGACCACCUUCCGCCCCCAGAGGAGGAGCCGCUGGUGCUGAUGUGCGGACCCCCGCCCAUGAUCCAGUACGCCUGCCUGCCCAACCUGGACCGCGUGGGCCACCCCAAGGAGCGCUGCUUCGCCUUCUGAUGGGCGGGCCCUGGCCAGUGGCUCCGCCCCACACUCACCGCGCCCUGUCGCCCUGUCCGUACCCACUCCUCCUGCUGUCGUUUGUUAACACCACUCUCCCCCACGUCUCCUGCUGCAGCCGGGUUCAGCCUGGCCUGCCCAUGCCUGGGAGGUCACCCCGCUGGGCUGGCCCCCCGAGGGGCCCCUUUGGGAGCAGGGCUCUGUUACAGGUGGCUGCUGUCGGCCACCUUUAGGGCAGAUUUCUGUCUGGGCCUCACUGGAGAUGUCCCCCCACACACACAAAACACACACACUACUGGGCCGAGGCUGCCAGCACCAUGCUGCCCACCCUCCCCAGAGCAUACCACACUCUGGAAAUAAACAUAAAUAUACGGGCAGCCCAUAGCUGCAGGUGCCAGGCCCCUACCCACUGCCUGCUUCAGGGCCACAGCCAGGCCUCGGCACCUGACACUACGUGGUAGGUAACACCAACACGUCCUGUUGACGGGGCUGCUGGGGUGAGAGGCUGCCCUGACCCCAGGGCACAGGCCCGGCCAGCAGGGAGUUGGGCUCCCCCUGGGGCUGGACUAGGAGGGGGCUGACCAAGGGCCCUUCCAUCCGGCACACGGGCCCUCCGGGAGCCUUCGCAUUUCCCUGAAACACCAGAACGUUCGGGCAGCUUUGGGAGUUCCAAGCAGUUGACCUCUGAUCGACCAGCUUGGGGUCCCGGGCCGCCAGUCCUGAUGGGAGAGCUGAGAUGAUGUGUUUAUCCCUCUGUCCCAGACCCCCCUCCUGCUGCCCUCACCCCAGGUGGGGGAGAUUUUGAGCAGAGCCUCUUGUCUGAGGGACAUUCUCAGUGGCCUCGACGUUGCCUUUAGACCACAGCGUGUCAUCCUCUUGCAUAUCGGCUUUUCAGAGUCAUUUAUGAGCACACAUAACGUUGAAGUAAAACUUUGCUAAUCUGAA